AUGGGCAAAGAUCUUCUGAUCGUCAACGACUACACUUUCUACUGCCAACGUCGGUUUAGCAAUACGAACAACUGGACUUGCACUAGAAACUCAACGUGCAAAGCUCGCCUGACCACCGAUAAAUUCAAGACUAUCCUACUAAAAUGGGCUCGCAGCUAUGUGGGUAAAGAUCUCCUCAUCAUCAACGACUACACUUUUUACUGCCAACGUCGGCUUACCCGUACGAUCCACUGGAAUUGCACUAGGAACGCGACGUGCAAAGCUCGUCUGAUCACCGAUAAAGAGAAGAGUAUCAUACUUAAGUUCGUGAAGAAUCGUCGUGGCCAGAAGUUAAUAAUCGCAGCGGGAUACACUUUCUAUUGCCUCCGGCAGCAGGUGAACACUGACUACUGGUGGUGCACAUCGGGCACCAGUUGCAAAGCUCGCAUUAUCACCACCAAGACUGGAGAGUUGGUUCGCUUAUCGCUCAACCACAAUCACAAAACGCCUAAUUUCUUUGUAAGGGACGGUGUUCUUCACCAAGUGCAAUUUAUUCGCAACUCCGCUGGCAAAAUGCUCGCUUUGGUAAACGGUUACACUUACUACUGCCACAUGAGAAAUGGUAGCAAGAGCAAAAAGGUUUUCUGGCGUUGCACGAGAGGCGGGAAAUUGACGUGGGUUCAGCACAGGAAUGGCAAGGUAGCCGUCAUUGUCAACGGUUUCACUUACUAUUGCAACAAACAAGGGCACAAGACGGAUAUUUGGCGAUGCACCAACGGUUCCAACUGCAGAGCAAGGUUCACCAUGUCGAAGACCGACUGGAGGAUCAUCAGAGGCCGGCUGGAGCAUGAUCACAAGCCGCCCAACUAUGUCGUCCAAGACGUGCGUUGGGUGGUAAAGAGCAACGGUAAGAAGACCGCGCUGAUUGGCGGCUACUCAUUCUACAAGCACAAGAUGUGUGCUCGAACCGAGACAUGGAGGUGUAGUGUGGGUUCCAAGGUUUGCAAGGCCCGCUUCACUGCCAAUAAGAAAGGAAUAGUCGUCAGGUCAUAUCUGGAGCACACGCAUGUGCCGCGCUCGUUUGUGACUCACGACGGCGUCAUGCAUGUUAAGUUGUAA